AUGAUCGUGAUCUACCCGUUCUACAGCUACAUUUUCACAAAGCUAUCGUCAGUUGAACAGGCUUGGUUUUCUCUGGUCUUGUUGAUCAUCAAACUGGCAAUCAAGAAUGGAAUUAGCUAUUAUAUCCGUUCCAACACCGACAUGCAGCCUGAAAUCGUGGUUUUCAACGUCGACGUAUUCAACGCACUCUUCGUUUCUUUCUCAAUGCAAAAUUCAACCUCACAGCUCACGGUCAUCGUCAUAAUAACUGUAGACUUUAUUCGAAUGGCGGGUUCGAUUCGUGAAGUGGUGCAUCUUGUACGCGAACUCAAGAGAAUGGAGGAUCACAUCAAUGUUCUAAAAGCUGUUCUUAAAGGAAAUGUGCAACCGCUACAGAAUUCGAGGAAUGCGCUGGCUCCGAUAGCGCAAAAGUCACUGGAGUCUCGAGCUCCUGAGUCUUCCCACAGAACAAGCAACCGGUGGAAAUCUUCGUCCGGUGCAAACGCACAAAGCAACUUGGUCUUCAUGGAGAGGUUGUACGCGAGGAAAGUACUGAACCUGUUGCAUCUCACGGAAUUUACGAUUCUUGUCGAGUAUAUCGAGGUGGUGGUUCCAGUUGUCUACUUGCUGCACCACAAUGAGUUAGAUCGCACUCUCUGGGGGCCGGCAUCAACUACCGGUCGCUCGCGGGCUACGGACAUCGUGAUCUUCAUCCAACUGGCUGUAGUGGCGCUGCUCGGGGUGACUUGCGCUCUGGAUUAUGACAAACCGGAGGCAGCGCGAUUGGCAGCAGCAGGGGCAACGCUGUUGAUGUACUUCCGCAGCAUUGGACUGCUUCGCAUCUUGCUUGCAAUCUUCCAGUCGGAGACUCUCAGGCCUGGACAGCGAAAGAAGCGUCCCAUGCCGAGCAGAAUGCAUGCAGUGCCGAACAAAAUGCGUCAGAAGUUCCUUCUCCCGCUGUACGUGGAUCCGGAAGACGCCGUGGCAGCGGAUGCACCCGAGUCACUGUAUACUGUAAGCCCCAAUCCAGUGGCACUUGAUGAGUCCUUCAACCCACAGCGGUUGGCGACGCUCAUUCGCUCCACAACCACCAACAGCUUCGGCUCGUUAGGUGAGCCGACGGAGACAUCUGCCGAAGUGUUGAACUCUCUGCCUAAGUGGGCACAGGCGGUUGUGCAGACAGGAUGCUUCAACGCUGCUGGGACGAUGUCAUCACCUGGCGGCAAGUUGAAGCGAGGUUCUGGUUUGCAAAGUGAACCGAGCAACGGAAGACCACGUAAAAGACGGUCUUUUGGUCAUGGCGUUGAUCACGAAAGCCUGGCAGGCGAUGAAUCCAGUGAGCUACAGGCUGGUUUGGAUGAGUUGAAUAUCGAGUUGGAAAAGGACCCGGAUCUGGAAGACGAUGAAGAACUUCCAAUCGUAUUCACACAAGCAGAAGCCACUGCAGAUAACUUUGAGAAGUUUGCUGAGCUGCUGGAGAGACUGGUGGAAACGGCGACCAAUUCACAGCAAGCGUUUGAUGUUGAGUCGAAUGAUGCGGAUGUGUUUCAGUCCGAGGAAGUGAAAAUGCUGCGGCAGUCACUGAAAGCCCUGGAAAAGAAUGACUGGAUUAAGAAGCUGGAACCAGAAUUGCUGAUCUUGCUAAUGAGCUCAUUCGAUGCGCAGCGUGUAUCAACGCUAGUGGUGUCGCUUAUUCAGUCUUGCGCUGCUGCUGGGAAACUUGAAACGACGGAACCAGAGAUUGACGUGCUGCAAGACUUAAAUGUAGAAUCAUCAACGCCGGAUACAGUCGCUGACGAAAAAUCCAUGUACAGGGAUAACGUGGUUAGAGCAGCAUCGGAAGAUACACGAAACAGUGCGAGAUCAUUCGCUCGGGUGCUGCUAAACGCAUGCUGGAAGAAAUCUGAAGAGCGUGAUAAUCGCGUGGUGCUAGACAACUUUGUUGAAGAUCUCCUCGUAAUGUUUGUUCGCCCAGAGUGGCCAGGUGCAGAAGACUUACUGGAGGUGUUGAGCUCCUCGCUGGCAAGUAUCCUACGCGCAAAUAUCUCCGCAGAUAUCAAGAAUCCGGAUUCUCAUCACAGCUUGGCAGCGCUCAACCUAGUUGGAAAGAUAUGCGCUUCCAUUAAACAAUACCAGCGAAAGGUGGCGCAUAGUACCGUGAAGGAUGACAGUGGCUCUAUUGCUGUCAUUGAAGAGCAUACAAGCAAUUUGCGUGAGGUUCUCGAUAUCAAGAAAACUAGCUCCAGAAAAGAAGAUACAAACGUUAGCAACGAGUUGCUGGACCAGAUAACGCUGAAGCACAUUGUGGUGAUGCACCUUCAACGGCACAACUUCGGUCAGGGUGAUUCGAAGAAGCUGUUUCUCUUGAAAUUCAUCUCGGAAUCAAAGAGUCAUUGGGGCGAAGCCAAAGCAGCUUUUGUGGAACGCGAAAAGAAGUUGUGGGAGUCAUUAUGGGAAGUUCCAAAGGGAGGGGUGAACUCGACGUUUAAGGUGGCUCCCCCGACGAUCGAGUUAGCCCUGACUUCCAGCUUACAUCUUGCUAUGAAACGAGGAUUCUGUGGUCUAUUCAACAAGUUACUAGCUCACAUUAUGGCAUUGCUCUCAAAGGGAAUACCAAGUCUUAGAGCACGAGUUAUGAAAUGUCUGAGAGGAAUUGUCGACGUCGACCCCAUGCUUAUGGCCGAAAAUGGGGUGCAAUUAGCCGUCGAACGUUGUUGCUCUGAUGAAAAAUCUUCGGUUCGCGAAGCAGCUGUCAAUUUGAUCGGGACCUACGUCCUGUUACAGCCCGUCUUGUUCGACAGUUACUUUGACGUUCUUGCUGAACGACUACGUGACAAGGGCAUCAAAGUUCGGAAAAGCGUGUGCAAGAUUUUCAAAAUAGCGAUUUCUAUGCAAGACCAGUCUCAAGAGAAGAUUACGGAAAAAGCGCUUCACCGCAAGAGUGCUUGCAUGCGAUGUCUGGUCGAACGAAUUGGGCAUGCGGCUGAAGAUCAAGCUGUCAAGAAUUUCAUCAUUGAUACGUUUCAAGAAGUCUGGUUUGGCACCGAUCUUACUUCUUCCAGACUCUCAAAUCCACUGAGUGUAUUCUGCGACGACAACACUCUACCACCUGGCUGGACUACCGUAGUUCAUGAGAAGAAUGGUUCCGCGUCAGAGGAAAUCGCUAAGUUUGUUUUUGAAGAUGGAAGCGUCGCCAAUUCAGUGGAAGAAGCGUGGUCUGCGUAUCGAACUCCUACCGUGACUCCAGCCAGUGUAGUAAAGUCGAACGACUCCAAGCUGGACAACAGCUCUGAAGUUGUUGCAACCAUUGUUGAGGUCAUUCAUGGUGUGCCAAACCUAGGAUGGUUCACUGAACUACUGAAAAGACUGUUGGGAAAACGCGAUCGGAAAACCGGGACACAGUCGUCUAAGAAUCGGUCUUAUCAAGUUGCAAUCGCUGAAGAUCGAGCAGAGGCGAUUGUUGAUCGCUUGGUGGGGUGCCUAAUGGACUUACAGGAAGGCACAUUUCUCAAAGGCGUUUCGAUAGAGACAGCGCACGAGAAGGACGUCAAGGUCCAAAGCUUAUCCGUGUCGAUGAUCAACAACAUCUUGAGCGUCAAGCGAGUGCCACAUACUAUCGCUACGAAACUGGAAGUUUGUACUCUGCAUACAGAAUGUCUCGUCAGCAUGAAGGAGUUGCUGCUUUCCGAAAUUAUUCGAGCGGAAAUAGGUGAGGCAACUCGGACGACGAACCAGUCAAAGACCAAGGUGCAGCAAGUUCAGGGUGACCAAGAAGCUGAUGCCUCUUUAAUCGGCAACGUCAUGCAGGCAGAGCUGGUUCACAUUUUGGCAUUGUCACUGCAGAGGGUGCCACAAAUUCGCAAAGAAGCCAUCGCAUGCAUUGGUGCACUGCUAACGCCCGGCUUAGUGAAUCCGUUGCAAUGCAUUCCGAACUUGGUGACGCUCGAGACUGAUCGCGUUUCGGAUGUUCGUGAUGCAGCAUUUUCUCUGUUGUUGGCGCUUGAAAAGUACCGGAGCCAAUUUCACGCACCGUUGCUUAAAGGCAUUCAAGACUCGUAUUUGUUCCAGCUUCGUGUGUAUGGCGAUGCCACAGCGCUGGGAAUCGACGAGAACAAGAAAGCUUACUGCCUCUUUGGACGACUGUAUAUGAAUUGCGUCAAGUCGACAAAAGCGCAAGGAACGCUUUUUCUUCGGGCACUGGUAAACCAGUUCACCGACCAAGGGACUGUGCUUCAGCCAUUGAAAAACAAGCCGUUUACCUCCCACAGCAAGACCUUCACGACCAGCUUGAAGUAUCUGUGCUAUCUGGCGCAAAUUCUGUCAACGCUUCCUUACGAAGUGGAGGACGAGCCGCUGUACAUUAUUUAUUCGAUCAACCGCUACGUCAGCCUUCGACUCGGCCCCGUGCUGGAUGAUCUCAUGGAAGCCUUCGUCGAAGCCGGCGUACCACAAAAUCUACUUGAGGAUGAUGAAGCGGACCUUUCGAAUGUAAAGAUCGACGAGUAUCGAUUGCGCCCAGUAGCUGACUCGCAGGCGUUGCAGACGAACGGCUGUAUUGCUUUCGCGAUGGCACUGAUGCUCCGUCUGAAAUUUAUGCUCAAGCGGAACUACCAACUCGACGAUGAAAAGUGCGCAACAUACAAGCCAUCGUCCACUGAUGCUUCAGAAGAGGCGAAGGAGCGGUCUUCCAAGAAGCUUUUGCUGCCUUCGGUUGAUGAUUUGUGCCAACCCGACGAAGCUAUUCAAGUGAACUGGAACCUGUUCUUAGUUGCGUGGAGUGCCGCUCGAGAGGACCAGAAGCAGUUGGAUAUCGACAUGGAACAAGUCCAAAAGCCCAAGGCUACACCAAAGCGCCGACGCCGACCGCGCAAAUCCAUCAGCUCUAAGAGACAGAAGCAACAGGAGAACGAUAGCGAGGACGAGGACGUCGAACUUCUGGCUUAA